AUGCGCUUGAAUCCGGCCAAGUACACAUUCAGGGUGGCGGCUGGAAAAUUCCUCGGGUUCAUGCUCACCUCUCGGGGCAUCGAGGCCAACCCCGAUAAGUGCGAGGCUGUGUUACAGAUGCAAAGCUCCACCACCCUUAAGGAGAUCCAACGGCUGUUAGGCCGACUCACAGCUUUGUCGUGGUUUAUCCCAAGGCUAGCUGAAAGGGUUGUCCGGCUUCGGCCGUACUUUCAAAGCCACCAAGUGGUAGUAAGAACCGACUACCCCAUAUCCAAGAUUUUGAGGAAAUCGGACCUUGCGGGGCGAAUGGUCACGCAGGCCGUGGAAUUAUCGGAGUUCGGCCUACGUUACGAACCCAGAGGAUCAAUCAAAGGACAACAUCUGGCCGACUUCGCUGCCGAAUUGCCUCAGGAAGUCAACGAAGAAUGGAACCUUUACGUCGACGGGGCGUCCGGGAGAACGAUAAGUGGAACUGGCAUAGUCCUUGAAGGCCCGAACGGAUUUUUGUUGGAACAUUCCUUGAUAUUCAAGUUCAAGGUAUCCAACAACCAGGCGGAAUAUGAAGCCCUGGUAGGCGACCUAGAACUAACAAGAGACAUGGGAGCGCGGAGGGUGGUGUGCCGGACGGACUCCCAACUGGUGGUGGGUCAAAUGAAUGGGGAGUUUCAAGUGAAAGAGGAGCAAUUGCUCCGAUACUUCCACAAAGCGACAGCCCUAGCCAAGUUGUUUGACAGAAUCGACAUUCGGCACAUCCCUCGUGAAAACAACACCCGAGCGGACAUGUUGUCGAAACUAAGCUCAAGCAAGGAGAAAGGGCAAAUAACGACGAUUAUACGCCAAGUAUUGCUACAAUCUUCGGUCGAGUGCAUGUCGGUGGCGAAUGUUGAGGAAGGGGAUUGGCGGUCGGAGAUCCGAAGACUGAUGACCAAGCAGGACGCCGGACAGCCCGUUAAAUCGGCAGACGCGAAGAAAAUUGCUUGUUACCUAUUAGUGGGGGACGACCUAUACAGAAGAGGAUUCUCCACCCCCCUCCUCAAAUGCUUGGGGAAAGAGGAAGCAUGCUACGUGAUGGACGAACUCCACAACGGAAUAUGCGGUUUCCACACCGGGCGUCGGACCUUGAAGGCCCGGAUACUAAGAGUAGGAUAUUACUGGCCGACGAUGGAAGAGGAUGCGAAGAUACUCGUCCAGAGAUGCCUCUGCCGCCAGGCCCACACCAACAACACUCACCUGCCACUCCACACCCUGCAUACAAUAACAUCGCCUUAG